UUUUUUUUUUUUUAAAUAAAUCCUUUGUUAUUGAAAGAUCACCACUACAAAACGUUAUCUUAAACGAAAUUGCCAUGACCCAAGUAAAAGAUGAUAAAGAUAAAAGCUCAAACACUAAUGCCUAAAUUCCUGACCGUCAUUACAUCAAAUUUGUAAAUGAAUUAAUAAAAUAUGUAUCCGAUAAAUUCUAUUUCUUAAAAAUUAGACUGAAAAUGAAAAUUUUUGUAAAAAACGAAAAAGAAACAAGAGCCAGGCACUUCAUAUAACGGUAUUUAACUGCCUUAUCUUUCCCGCCUUUUCUUUUCAUUCCCUGUCGCUACACUCCAAAUCAAUAAGCUUUCUGUCUCCAUUUUCCCGACUCCUUCACCGCCGGCGGAGAAUUCACAGUCGUUCCUUUGCAGCGGCGCUUGGUGGUUCCCACCCCAGGCGCCGCCCAGCAUCCACCCUGAUCCGACACCAACAGAUGGCCCAAUCAAAUGCCAAUCUUUCUCAUAACGAACAAUCGAACCACAAUCUCCAAGCAUUCGAACACUAUCUCAUGUGUGAUAAUGAUGAUUUCCCUCCACUAAAUUUCACCGAAUUACUAACCCCUUUGCAACAAAACGAAAUUCCGAUCACCCCCGCAAGAUUUCAGUCACCGGUGGUUGAUUCUGAAAACGUGCAACCCAAUGAUUCAUCAUUCGAUCCAUUAAAUCUUGGGAAUGAGACGCAUGAAGAAUGUUUCCAAACGGACCCAUCUCAGGCUUGUGAUGAGACAAACAUUGGUGUUAAUACCGCUAAUGGAACAAAUGAUUUUGGAAACCCGAUUCAACUUUCAUCCUGGCCAUUGCAAGUGCCUCCAUAUACUUGCAGUUGCUGUCAUAUUCUUAGAGAAAUCAUACAUACUAAUGGUGUUGAUAUCACGAAGCUUGAGGUUCAUGGAAGACUUGGUUUGAUUUGUCAUGCUGUUCUAGAUAAAUACGGUAUUGAUCACACAACGAACCAAGGCCAUGAGUACAAAAUGUUCGAUUUUUGCAAAGAAACCACAAAGAGAGUGAAACAAUUCCUCGUGGAAUACUGCAAAGAGCGAAAAACAAAGGGUCAUGUAAUGUUACAAGAUCCGCUUUCUUCAUUCUAUGAAGCUGUAUGUGUUGGGUUCAAUUGGGAGCACAAUAUACACACGGAUGAUCUCAUUCCUAACGAUUUAGGUGAUCAGCAAACUAAUCAACCAGAUGUGGGGACCAGUAGAGGAAGACUUAAUAACCAGAAAACCCUUUCAAUGCAGAGGGAACGGACAGGAAAACUUACUAUGAAAGAUCUUGUCGAGUACUUUCAUAUUCCGAUAGAAGUAGCUGCGAAGAAGAUACGCGUUUGCCCAACUGUAAUCAAGAAAAUUUGCCGUAAGCAUGGACUAUUAAGGUGGCCAUACAGAAAGAUAAAAUCCAUUGAGAGGAAGAUAUCAACGAGAGAGAAAUGUUUAACUUCACUUCAUGCUGAAGAAAGAAUUCAUGCUCAAACCGAAAUUGACAGUCUUCGGCAGGAAAUCACAAAUAUUUAUGUAGGAUUCAAUGUUUAAUUUGAAAUCUUUAUGUACGUAUGUAUCGUAUGUAAUUUAAAUCAAACUAAAACCGAAAGCACUGUGGAGUUUACUAUACCACAAACUUUUAAUUAAACAAUACAUAGUUAAUCUCA